AUGCACACCUCUUUUGCGGUGCCAAAGAAUGCCGAGAGCGAGCCCGAGCUAUUCUUAAUGCUGGAGAAGCAGUUCCUGACGUUCUGCUACCGGGUCGUCUACCGCGGCAGCCACUUCACCACGGCCGACGACGACCAGCGGACCCCUGAGAGCUGCAUCCAGCUCACGGAUGCCCAGGAGAAGGCGUGGGAAGCGGCCUUCCAAAGUGCUGUCGAGCAGGACCGGCCUGCGCUGAGAGAUGCUAUAUCCGUCCUCUCAAUGGCGCUGAUCUGCCACGAAUUUGGAGGCAAUCGGUACAACUCCCCACUACUCAGCUUCUGCGCUAUGCUCAGCGUCAAGCCACACACCAAGACUUGGAAGGAGCCGGGCAACUAUAAUAGCUGCUUGUCUGGUGUGAUCUAG